CUUGACUUUUGUGUUUUAUAACUUUUAUAUGAAUUCAUAAAUUGAAUUGGAGUUACUUAAUAUUCGAUACUUAUGUCUUUUCAAAUUGAAUCUUGAUUGAAGGUAUGAUAAACUACACAAAUGUACUUAUGGCUUUAUUAAUUUAAUCAAUUUGUAAAAAGUAGUUUGCUGUGUGAUUACCAAGGACGAUAACAAAGUCUCAAAAUGAUAAAAAUUUGUUUGAUCCUCCUAUUGUUUGUGAGUUCCUCUUUUGCCCAUGGCCACGCUCACGAUGAUCAUGAUGGGCACUCGCAUGAGGAACCACCUUCAUUCAAGUAUUCCCGGACGGUGAAUGAACAGUUUCAUAAAGGAGAACAUCAUGAACAACCCACCAAACCUAAGCAGGAGCCUUUGACUAUGCAGGAAUUAUGGCUGCAUGCAAUGGGAUCAACAUUGUUGAUAAGUGCAGCUCCAUUUUUCAUUCUCUUCUUUGUCCCAUUAGAUAACACUGAAAGCAGUCAACCUCUCCUCAAAAUUCUGUUGGCUUUUGCUUCAGGGGGGCUCUUAGGAGAUGCCUUCCUUCAUCUCAUUCCUCAUGCUGCUAUGGCUGUAGAUGAAGACAGUCAUAGUCAUUCUCAUUCACAUGGCACUAGUCAUGGUCAUGAGGGACAUGAGCAUUCUCAUAACAUGUCUGUGGGGCUGUGGGUCCUAGCUGGAAUAGUUGUAUUUUUGGUUGUUGAAAAAGGUGUAAGAAUAUUGAAAGGAAGUGUUGGGCAUGGUCACUCUCAUGCAGUUGCAUCCAAUGAUAGAGAGAAGUCUAAGAAAGAUGAUAAAUCCAAUAAGGAUGCUUCAAGUGAAGAAGUCAAAGAAAUUAAAGUUGCUGGUUAUCUGAAUUUAGCAGCUGACUUCAGCCAUAAUUUUACUGAUGGUCUAGCCAUUGGUUCCUCAUAUUUAGCUGGAAAUACCAUAGGGAUAGUAACUACUAUUACCAUACUCCUACAUGAAGUGCCUCAUGAAAUAGGGGAUUUUGCAAUUCUGGUUCAAUCUGGUGUCUCUAGAAAAAAUGCCAUGCUUCUUCAAUUGACGACAGCUCUGGGUGCAAUAGCAGGUACUGCUAUAUCUCUCAUGGCACAAAAUAGUUCUGGAGCCAUGGCAGCCUCCUGGAUCCUACCUUUCACCGCCGGAGGAUUCAUUUACAUUGCCCUAGUGUCGGUUAUUCCAGAAUUACUAGAUGAAGAGAAGCCCACCAUCAUUCAGACCCUCCUCCAAGUAGCAGCCAUGCUGGCUGGAGUUGGUAUGAUGGUAGUCAUUGCUGAAUAUGAAUAAAUUGACUAUCAAUAAUGUAUUACAGACUGAAUACAUAAGAUUGUUUUUGCUGGUGGUGUUUCAAAUUUGAUACUAUACUUGCAAUCUCAGUAUUAACUCUAUUCAAUAUGUGUUGGGUGAUUGAUAACAACUUCAUUGUACAGUAACAUACACCAAUUGAUUUUUCCACCACUGCAAAUGUGUAUUUCUUGUCAAAUAAUGUGCAAAUGUAUUAUCCAAAAUUCUUGAAAAUUAAUCAAUUAGAAUUCUAGCCAGCCUUCCCAUAUGGACUUAAAUGACGUCAGUCAUGGAUGUUGCUCCAAAUGAUCUAAUGACCUAAAGUUAGCAAUUUUAUCAAAUUUGAAACAUGGUAUGAAUUCUUCAAUAGGUAAAUUUAUUUUUUAUAUUUAUAUUGAACAGAUCCAUUUAAAUUAUUUAAAUAUUCUGUAUUUAUAUCUUACACCAUUCAUUAGAUAUUUUAUGUACAGAGUGAUUUUGAAGUACUUACAUAUACUUACUCUAAUAUAUAUUCUGACAUCAUUAUGACAAGAACUACUAAAGUGUCAAUUUUCCACUGUAAAGGUGUGACAACCAACAGGGUGUCAAAUUACC